CGAUAUCCUUUGCGUAAACGUCGAAGCUGGUGAUAUUAUUUUAAAAGUAAAUGGCACUGAUGUUCAUCGAUACACAACGAAAGAGGUUUUAAAAUGCUUACGUCUAUCCGAUGACUCGGUUACGUUAGAGCUGCGUCGUGAUCCCAAAUUGAAGGCGCGACUCAAAGAACAGGUGGCCAAUACGAAAAAUCCCCAUUACGAAGACAUCGAACCAUCACCGCACAUUUACGACUACAAAGCAGCCAGUUGUCGAUCGCCCACUUCACACCAUCGCUCGUUGUCGCUGCAGGACUCUUACGAACCGCCACACAACAGCAACUCCAAUUCAUCGUCUUCGCCUGCGAUACGUUACGCCAAAUCGCCCACGCACUUGCCACACCGUCAAGGUUCGCUGCCAACGCCUGCGACGGCCAGCCAGCAACAGCAGGGUAAUCAUAGUCGCAGCUCUUCCGCCUCGUCAGCCCAGCUACAGUUUGGUGAUACAAACGCUUCGGUAGCGGCUGGUGGUGGAAACGCAGGUGGUGCCACUUGCACAUCGCCCACAAGUCGUCCUUCGCGCAUUCCAACCGCUUUGAAAGCACCACAAAAGCCAACCGUGCUGCAUUCGCCACAGCAUAAACGACCGCGACCAUCGCAAAUUCCAACGAAGGCCGGUCCCGCGGGUGCUGUGGCAGCUACCAACGGCAACGCGCCGCCAAGCGGCAACGCGACGCAAUCGUCUGUGCCUCCAACGGGCGGAAGUGGAAGUGCGCAUUUGCAACAUUCGAACAGUUAUAGCGGCAAUAGCACACGUUUCACGCAACAACAAAUAGCGGCGCACCAGAAGGAACGCGACGCUGAGCCAAACUCUGCGCCGCCGCAGCCAGCGAAGGCGCCACGUUUCGAGGCGUACAUGAUGACUGGCGAACUGAUACUGAAUCUAUCGAGAACUUCGCAAAGUAGUAACCUACUGCCAGGACACGCAAAAAAGAUCGAUAGCUUGCGUGACUCACCACAACGUGCGGUCGUGGCUGCGCGCGCUAACGGUGCCCUUGCGCCUCGCGCCUCCGGUGAAUCAUCGCCCACAUCAUCCUCAUCGGUGGAUUCACCUACCCAUACGGGCAGUUCGGAGUCGGCAGCCCACCAUCAGAAAGAUCGUGGCAAACGACGUCACCAACAACCGCAUCACCAUCUACUACAACAACAAUUGGAUAGCAUAAACAACAGCUACAAUAACAGUAAUAGUGGUGGCGGAGGUGCGGGCGCUGUUGGUGCGACGGCCGAUGAUGCGCGCAAAGACGACACACUGUUGUUGUGUGAUGAGUUAGAGCGUGACGACGAGGAGUUAGGAGGAGGCGGCGGUGGCGGCGGCACUGACAAUAAUCGCAGACAACGAUAUCACCAACAUCAAGCACAUUCAGCGCGACGUCAUCAGUACAGUCACCAGCAACAGCGUAGCAGCUACGAGCACGACGAAGCCGCAGACAUCGAGGAGAACGAGGAGGAUCAAACGCACUACGACAUCACAAACAUCGAAACGUACAAUAGCGGCGGCAUAGGUGGUGGCGAUGUGUGUGGCGAUGAUGAUGCCAGCGAUCGUCAGUGCCUAGUGACGCAUUAUGGUGACGACGAGGAUGACGAUGGCGACGAAGGCGAAGGUGAGGACUUCGAUGCUGAAGACGAAGACGGUUGUGGGGCUGAGCACGAAGACGAAGACUACUCUUCGAAUUCGCUCACAUCGGCAUCGGCAAAGCAACGUUUGCGUGCGUUAAAGCAAAAAGCUGCUGCUGCGCACUACAAACACGCACAAAGUGUGGUACGCGCUAGCGGUGGCGGUGGCGGUGGCGGCGCCGCCUACGAUUCGGUCGAUUGUGCGCGGCAACACUACACCGGCGGUUAUAACCAACACCACCACCACCAUCAUCAUCAUCAGCAACAGCAACAGCAUCCACAUCAACACCGCAAUCAGCAGCAUCGGCAACAGCAACGCGGCUCAGGGGGCUCGACUUCCUCAUCGGCGACGGUGAAAAGCGACGGCAUGGCCGGCUUAAACACCUCACCCGACGAGACUUCAUUCUCAGUGCCCACCUCGCCGAUUUCUUUGUCCACCCCAUUGAUUGAUAAGGACACGGCGAACUCAGUGCCCACCAGUCCGGAGCCAUCGAGCCUGGGUGCAGUGGGCGGUGGCGGCGGCGGCGGCGCCGGUCAUGAUGGCGUGGUGCGGCGACACAAUGGUGUUGUGCGUACAUGCGAUUCGGCUGGCUUUCGUACCAGCAAGUCGGAAGAUCACUUGCAGCAGGUGCAACGUGAAGGUAUGGCCGCUGUGAUACCGAUCGAUAUUGAUGAGGAUGUGAAUAGUUCGCUGAAUACACUGCUCGAUACGAGACAAGACUCUGAAGACUCGCAGGGCUCCAAUCGUGAUCGCAUCGUUUGGACUUAUAACGCACCGCUGGCGCCACACCAAAUACAACAAUUGCAGCAACAGCAACAGCUGCAGCAACAACUACAACAGCAACAACAGCAGUAUUCCAGCGCACACUAUGGCGGCGGUGGUGGCGGUGGCGGUGGCGGCCACAACAAUUCAUCGCCGAAUUCGCAGUCACAUUCACACUCCCAUUCGCAUUCGCAUUCACAUUCGCAUUCGCACUCGCAUUCGAGUUCGAUAAGUUCAUCGCCACAACAUUCAGCCGGCAGCCCUGCCUCACCUACAUCUGUGUCCAGUUCGGUGAUGUCAUCGUCCGGUUCGAAGGGUGCGCUUGGCAUAGGUGGCGCCUAUGCGUUGAGCAGCAACAACAAUGGCGGGCAACAUCAGCAGCAACAACAACAACAGCAGCAACAACAACUUCAACUGACAGCAAAUGCAGCUAAUGGCGGUACAAGUGGCGGCACCAGCGCAACCACGGCCACAACGGCUUUGCAAAUGGGCGGCAUGGUACUUAGCGAUCCCAGUGAUUCGGAUUCAACCAUACUCGUGUCUGAUACGGCGGCAGCAAGGCAAAAGCAGCAACAACAUCAUCAGCUACAACAGCAAGCACAAGCGCUACACCAACAACAAUUGCAACAGCAGCAGCAACACCAACAGAAGACUGCUGGUGGCCAACAACAGAAUACCGAACAGCAUAAACUAGUGAUACAGGUGCGUGGCAUCGAUACCAGCAAUAGUGCCUCAACACGCUCAGCCUAUUCCGAACUGAAAGACUCCGAGGAUGAAUUGGCUACGUUGACGGAUGAGCCAUUGAACACCGUAUUGACGGUGGCGGGCAGUGGCGAUGGUUUCGGCGGCACCGGUACGGGGCGAGAUUCAUCGCCACCCGUUUCAGAUGAUGGCAGCGAUGUGGAGUCGUUACAUUCCUAUCAUUACUCACCAAAGGCCGUAGAUAUGCCGUCGGCAAUACGGCUGGCCAAAAGACUGUACUCCCUGGAUGGUUUCAAGAAGAGCGACGUGUCGCGGCACCUCAGUAAAAACAACGACUUUAGUCGCGCCGUCGCCGACGAAUACCUAAAGUAUUUCAGUUUUGAAAAGAAAACGCUUGAUCAAUCUUUGCGCGAGUUUUUGCAACAAUUCUCGUUAUCGGGUGAGACGCAGGAGCGGGAACGCGUGUUGGUACAUUUUUCGAAACGCUUUUUGGACUGCAAUCCGGGUACAUUUAAUUCGCAAGAUGCUGUACAUACUUUAACUUGCGCUAUUAUGCUGUUGAAUACCGAUUUGCAUGGCCAGAAUAUCGGACGUAAAAUGACCUGCGCUGAAUUCAUUGAAAACCUGGCGGAACUCAAUGAUGGCGAAAAUUUUCCCAAGGACGUUUUAAAGUAUCUUUAUCAGGCUAUUAAGACUCAACCGCUGGAAUGGGCGCUCGACGAUGAUUCUGCUGAACUGCAAAAGCAACGCGCCGACAAUAAUGUGGGCAAUAGCACAAGCAACAGCCUAAUCGGACAAAAUCCAUUCUUAGACAUACCAGAGUCGUCAUCGGCGAUUGAAUACAAAAAAGGUUAUGUGAUGCGCAAGUGCUGUUUCGAUUCCAAUUACAAAAAAACACCCUUCGGUAAGCGUUCCUGGAAGAUGUUCUACUGUACACUGCGUGAUUUAGUGCUUUUCCUGCACAAAGACGAGCAUGGCUUUCGUAAAAGUCAGAUGUCCGAUAAUCUGCACAAUGCAAUACGCAUUCAUCACGCUUUAGCCACCAAGGCCACCGACUACACUAAAAAACAACACGUUUUCCGAUUGCAAACCGCCGAUCAAGCUGAGUAUCUAUUCCAGACUAGUGAUUCCAAAGAGCUGCAAUCGUGGGUGGAGACGAUCAAUUUCGUUUGUGCCGCCUAUUCAGCGCCCCCACUGGAGGGUGGUGUGGGUAGUCAAAAACGUUUUCAACGACCGCUGUUGCCCAGCACGCAUACAAAGUACUUGAUGAAAGAGCAAUUAGAAUCGCACGAACAACAAUUGUCUCAAUUAGAGGCUGCACUCGCAGAUCACAAGAAAGGGCCCAUACCAAACAAAGGACUGCCACUACAGAAUUAUAAAGAAAAAGAAAACUACUUGCAAUAUGAGAUACGCCGCUAUCGUGCUUAUGUGUCAAUUUUAGCUGCUAAGCUACUUGCCGACCAACAGCAAUUGGAGGCUGCGCAACAACAACAACAACAAUUAACAAGCAACGAAGAAUUGGAUAAAUUUUCCACGAGUGGUGGAGGUGUGGUAGGCGGAGCUGUGAUUGGUGCGCGGCAACAGCAGCCGCCACCAGCGUAUCCACAACAAUUGCAAUUACAACAACCGACUGCACAGUCACCAACAGCACAACAACAGCAGCAACAGGCACAGCCACAACAACAACAAACUUCAAACAGGUAUAAUUAUCAGCAACAAGAUAUUGGCUGACGGGUAAUGGGAGUUUUCUCAGCUUGUGUGGUUUAAUUGUAUUACAAAGUCUAGCCCCGCUCUUUUUAUCUUUUUUAUAUUGGUUUAUUUGUUUUUGUUUU